AUGGCAUCUUAUGAUACAGUAGUUCUCAACGGGAAGCUUCUCGUCAACGAAAGCUGGUUAUGGCCCUUUUAUGUCUCUCUAAGGGGACAAGUCUAUGAUCCCAGAACAGAUAACUGGGAAAACAUGGCUGUUGGACUUAGAGAAGGCUGGACCGGUUCAAGUGUCGUUGUUUAUGGCCACUUGUUUGUUGUCUCUGAGCUCGAAAGAAUGAAGCUAAAGGUCUAUGACACAGAAACAGACUCCUGGGAUGCCAUAGAUGGCCCCCCUUUGCCUGAGCAAAUAUGCAAGCCUUUUGUUGUCAAUGCUUGCGAUUGCCAUAUUUAUGUCGUGGGUCGAAAUCUUCACGUUGCUGUUGGUCAUAUCUAUAGACUGCUUCCAGACAAAAAUUCUGACGAAAAAUGGAGCUUCAGUGUUCGGUGGCAUGUAAUCGAUGCACCAGAGAGUUUAUCUGAUCUCACUUCUUCAAGCUCUCAGGUGCUGUUUGCAUAA